AUGCCUUCCAGUGUUGAUCAACAUGGUCGAGGCGAGAGAUCCGACGCCAGGUUCGGAAAAUUGAGCUUGGCCAGCGCCCCAGGCUACUUUCUCCUCGGCUACGAAGGUGAGAUCUGCUCGUCCGACUCAUUGGUGGAUCGCAUGGAGGAUUCCGACGUUGUGGAAAAGCUGGCGAAGGUAUUGCGGAGGAUAUGCGAUGAACCAGAAGAGUUUGGCUUCCGCAGCCUGAACUUGGUGGACGAUGAGUUCAGGGACAAUCUGGGAGCGAACAAGGACGCGCAGCAGUUUCUGGAAGAACUCGGCGCCGCUGGCAAGUUUCGAAGCUUGGUGUGGGCUGGGCAGGGGCAGGCAGUCAGAACAGAUGUCCCGCACCCCCCCCCCCCCCCCGCCCGGAGUAGUGCCAGAGCAUCAGGGCCACAGCCGGUCUCGCUCCGGUAG